AUGUGGGUUCACUUUGACAGUGAACCGGAUCCAGAUGAGUUUACGGCUGAUAUAACCCAAGUCAGUAACUUUGCUCAGUUCAAGCGCAUUCUCAAGGACGAUUUCAAUAUAUUAAAAAUGUCAGACCAUCAAGUAUCAACUCAAAUGGCCAUGACAACUCGGAAAAAAAUCGAGGAUGAAUAUUCAUUUAUGAAUUUAUUGAUCCAAACAAGACCAAACGAAUUAAAAGAACGUGUUUUAGAUCUUAAAGUACAAAUUAAAGGAAAAAAAGCAUUCGGAGAAUGGAGUCUUAAAGAAGUGGCUAGCGAAAUAUAUAAUAAUGUACGUGAAUAUAUAUCAAUCUUUAUGACAAUUGCAGUUAAACAUAUUCGAGAACAUAAAGAUCUAACAACAACAUUAAAGGUGAAGUCCGAACUUGAUGGGUCCCGGAGUUAUGGUAAUUUGGACUAUGAAGUUGAUGUACAAGACGUUCCGAUAUUGAUUAAAAAAGCAGGAUAUGGAAAAGGGAGUUGCCCAAAAUUUGAUACAAAUAUAUACUGCAGCCGAACUAAAACUCGAAAGAAACGAAAACGUGACAAACAAGUGGAUUCGCUCCCGGUGAUGUUUGGUAUAGUAACAAUGGGACAUGUUUGGAAAUUUAUCCGUUGGUCUGGUACAUUACAACAUCCAAAAGCUGAGGAUGAAAAACGCGAAGAACCAGAUAAUAAACGACAUAAGUAUGGAUAG